AAUAUGGUCAACGAAGCAGAUAUUUUAAAGGCAAUUAGUGAUCUAGAAUCGCAAAAAACGCCUCAAUAUGCCAAAACUGCCAGAAAAUAUAAUCUUGAGCCUUCGACCCUAAGGCGCCGGUAUAAAGGCCAGACCGUAUCAAACCAGGAAGCAACUUCUAUUCACCGCAAACUCCUUACAGAUGCCCAAGAAGAAGUUCUUCUUCAUCAUAUCUCGAAGCUCUCGUCUCGUGGAUUACCUCCAACGCCUCAAAUUCUCCGAAAUCUUGUCGUAGAGCUUCUACAACAUGAUGUUGGGGAGUGCUGGAUUCGUCGAUUCUGUCACCGCUACCACGAUCGAAUUGACAGUGUUUAUCUGAAAGCAAUUGAUCAUUCUCGCAAAGUCGCUGAUAACUCAGUACAUUUUGAACAUUUUUAUAAUACACUCACAGAGAAAGUCAAAAAAUAUCGCAUCAGCCCAUCAAAUACCUAUAACUUUGAUGAGAAAGGAUUCAAUAUAGGCCUCUGUCGUACUGAAAAGCGGAUUGUCUCAAAAUCUCAGCUCCGUUCAAAGAAAUUACUUGGUGCAAUUCAAGACGGGAGCAUAGAAUUUAUUACUCUUAUUGCAUGUAUUUGUGCUAAUGGAAUAGCAAUUCCUCCAGCUCUUAUUUACCAAGGCGAGUCAGGAGAUCUACAAGAUACUUGGCUUAAAGAUUUUGACGGCUCAAGAGAGAAGGCAUACUUUGCAACUUCUGAAAAGGGUUGGACAAAUGAAGAGCUUAGAUUUUUAUGGCUAACCAAGAUCUUUGACCCUUAUACAAAGACAAAAGCAGGCAAUUUAAAGCGCCUUCUGCUUACAGAUGGUCAUUCAGGCCAUGUUAAUCUUCGUUUUAUCGAAUACUGUGAUCAAAACAAUAUAAUUCUCGGUAUUUUACCUCUACACUCUAUACAUCAAUUACAGCCGCUUGACAUUGGAAUCUUUCCACCUCUUGCAGGUGCUUAUUCCCAUGAGAUUGAUCGACUUACUCAAUUGAGUAGUGGAUUUUCAAGGAUAACAAAAGCAUCCUUUUGGCGAUUAUUCUAUGCUGUAUGGAAAUUAACUUUAACAUUGCAAAACAUUCGAUCAGCUUUUGCUGCACUGGGCAUUCACCCUUUCAACCCACCAAAGGUUCUUAAUAUUCUCAAAAAAAAGAUCCCAUCGCCAAUCUCAAGCGAUAUUGAAAAUAAACGAAAGACUCCAGGAUCUGAAAAGAGUGAUCUAUCAGAGGCUACACAACUUGCUCUUAAAGCACUUCAAAAAUAUGCGGUACAGAAUGAAAUACUUGAACAUCAGCAGCAAGGCUUGGUCGAUGCAUUAAUUGGAGAGAAAAAACGGCAGAAGCGAGGCCGGCCACUGGGUUUAAUUGAUAAGGAUAAUCCCGGUGAGGCACAAUUCUUCUCACCAGGCAGAAUUGAAGCUGCACGACAGCAAAUACAAAAUAUUGAGUUACAAAAGGAACAAGGAAAGAUCGAGGCAGCAAACCGACGUACACAAAAGGCAUUUGCGCGCCAACAGAAGGCCCAAGAGAUCCAGGAACGGCGAGAGACUCGAAUCCGUGAACGAGAGGAGAAAAGGCGUCAAGAAGAACUUGAAAAGGAGCAACUUCGCGUGGCCCGGGAAGCCCAGAAGGAGGUAAAGCGAGCUAAAGAAAGGCCAGCAAAGCAGGUAAACACUAAAAAGAGGCGAUACAGUAAGGUUAUCGAGAGUAAUGAGGAGGUUUCUUCAAAGAGGCCAAAAACAGGAAUAUCUCGUUCUGGGCGAGCGAUAAACCUACCUAUACGAUUUAGGGAUUAG